AUGCUAAAUCUAGCCCUGAAAGUGCUAAAAUGGCAACACUGCUCGACAGUACCACCAAUAAUACAACUGUCUACCACUCUGCGAUUUUUAGCCACCGGAGCUUUUCAAGGCGUUAUAGUUCAACAUUUAAUUAUAGCCAAAGACGUGGACAUAAGCUUAGGAAGAAGUACUGUUUCUACGUUCAUGUGGAGGGUUAUAAAUGCAGCAGAAAAUAUAAUUUGCCCGCAAUGGAUAAAAAUAGAAAUGACAACGGAUGAAAAACUCAAUUCAAAGGCUUAUUUUUUCCAAAAAUGCCAAAUACCUGGCGUAGUAGGGUGUAUUGAUGGUACUCACGCCAAGCUGAACAAGCCUUGUGGAGACGAAUCUCAUUUCUUUAAUAGAAAAGGAACAUUUAGUGUAAAUGCUAUGAUUAUAUGUGACUACAAUAUGAAAGUGCGUGCUGUGGAUGCUCGCAGACCUGGGUCUUGCCAUGACUCUUUUAUUUGGAAAUUGAGUAGAGCAAGGGACUUCUUUUUACACAAUUAUUUAAAUGGAGAUACGAAUUCAUUGCUACUAGGUGAUUCAGGCUAUGGAUUGGAGCUAUUUUUACUCAGUCCAUAUAAAGAUGUUGUAGCUGGAACGGCAGAACAUAAAUUUAAUAAUAAGCACGCUAGUGGUCGCAACAUUGUAGAACGUACAAUUGGAGUUUUAAAAAGUCGAUUUAGGUGUUUGAUGGGUACUUUGUUAUACACUCCACAAAAAGUAGUACAAAUUAUUAAUGUUUGCUGUGCACUACAUAAUAUAUGCAGGGAGUACAACGUAGAAUGCGAUGAAGAUUUAGUGUGGGAGGAUAAUGUUGAUUACAAUGAUGUGGAUGAGGUAGAAGAUUUUUCACAAAGAAAUAUGUUCAACAUUGCCAAACGCCUAAGGGACAAUAUCUCAGCACAAUUUAUUUAA